AAUCUCAACUAGCAACCGGCAGGCUUCACCUUUCUGCUUUGUAUAUUAACUCCUCCUUUACCUUUCCUUCCCAGACAAAAAAGAAAAAACCCCUAACCCUAACCCUACUUUCUAUCUUCUCUGCCCUCCGAUGCUCCAUCACCUGACUCCCACCGCCUGUGUUCUUCCAGCGAAAUCCUCGCCGACGCUACCGCUGUCGUUCUCCGUUCACUCCAUGCCGGACUCUGUCGCUCGCCAUCAUGAACAUGCCGUCGGACCAAACCAGUGCUCUUCCACGGCGGUUCAACCCAUCGCUGCACCGAUUCAGUCGGUCUGGUCCGUUGUCCGCCGGUUCGAUAAACCGCAAGCUUACAAACACUUCGUCAAAAGCUGUCACGUGGUCGUCGGCAACGGCGAUGUGGGGACACUUAGGAAAGUCUAUCUAGUCUCCGGAUUACCCGCGGUGACCAGUACCGAGCGCCUUGAGAUUCUCGAUGACGAUAGCCAUGUACUAAGCUUUAGCGUCGUAGGCGGUGAGCACCGCCUCUUAAACUACCGCUCGGUGACCACACUGCAUGCCGCUCCGGCGAUCGCCGGAGGCGGGACGGUGGUGGUUGAGUCUUAUGUGGUGGACGUGCCACCGGGGAAUACUAUGGAGGAUACCAGAGUCUUCGUUGAUACUAUUGUUAAAUGUAAUCUUCAGUCUCUUGCCCGAACCUCUGAGAAUCUCGCCAAGCAUGACGACGGCGGUGGCGGAAGCUGCGGUUUGGCAAAGCCGUAAAAAAGUUGUAAUUUAUUUUUUUUAAUUAGUUUUGUGCUGGAAGGAGUUCUUUAUUACUAAAUGUUUGUCCGUUUCUUCUUU